CCGCCGCCGGCCCCGCCGCGGCCGCCGCCGGCCCCGCCGCUCCUCGCCAUGUCGUUCCCGCAGCUGGGCUACCAGUACGUGCGGCCCCUGUACCCGCCCGAGCGGCCGGGCAGCGGCGGCGCCCGCGGCGGCGCCGAGCUCGCCCCGUCCGGGACCCUCUCCAACGUGCUCUCCUCCAUGUACGGCGCGCCCUACGCCGCCGCGCAGGGCUACGGCGCCUUCCUGCCCUACGCCGCCGAGCUGCCCAUCUUCCCGCAGCUGGGCGCCCAGUACGAGCUGAAGGAGAGCCCCGGGGUGCAGCACGCCGCCUUCCCCCACCACCACCCCGCUUUCUACCCCUACGGGCAGUACCAGUUCGGCGACCCGUCGCGGCCCAAGAACGCCACCCGCGAGAGCACCAGCACCCUCAAGGCCUGGCUCAACGAGCACCGCAAAAACCCCUACCCCACCAAGGGCGAGAAGAUCAUGCUGGCCAUCAUCACCAAGAUGACCCUCACCCAGGUCUCCACCUGGUUCGCCAACGCCCGCCGGCGGCUCAAAAAGGAGAAUAAAAUGACCUGGGCCCCCCGCAGCAGGACUGACGAGGAGGGCAACUCCUACGGGAGCGACCACGAGGGGGAAGAGGACAAGAGGGAGGACGAGGAGGAGAUCGACCUGGAGAACAUCGACACCGAGAACAUCGAGAGCAACAAGGACGAGCUGGAGGACGAGCUGCAGGACGCCGACCUCCUGCACUCCGACUCCAAGACGGACUCGGAGGGCUCCGAGGGCUUCGAGGACCUGCCCGGCUCCGAGGAGCGCUACCUCAAGGCCGCGGAGGGGGAGCCGCACCACCUCCACCACCACCACCUCCACCACCACCACCAUCACCACCACAAGUGCGAGCUCCCCGCCGCCGCCGCCGCCCCGGCCGGCGUCGAGCCCCUCAAGCCGCCCCUGCCGCCGCCGCCGCACCACCUCUCCCCCUCGUCCUCCGCCUCCUCCUCCCCGACAGACGGCACUUUGGCCGGCACCGUGCCGAAGCCCAAGAUCUGGUCGCUGGCGGAGACGGCCACCAGCCCGGACAACCCCCGCAAGUCGCCCGGCGGCGGCUCGCCCCCGGCGGCCGCCCCGCAGCCGCAGCCGCUGCCGCUGGCGCCGCCGCCGCCCCACAGACUGGUGCCCCCCUGCCCGCUGGGCAAGUUCCCCCCCUGGACCGGCCGCGCCUUCGCGGCGCCCCACCACCACCCCGCGCACCCGCUGGCCCUGCUCGGCUCUCCGCACCUCCUGGGGCUCGGGGCCGCCCCCGCCGCCGUGGCGGCCUUCCCGCGGCCCGCGGACCAGGCGCAGGGCGCGGAGCCCGCCGCAACAGAUCGAUCUAGUGCCUUGGAAGUAGAGAAAAAGUUAAUAAAGACAGCUUUCCAGCCAGUUCAGAGGCGGCCCCAGAACCAACUUGAUGCAGCUAUGGUUCUAUCAGCGUUAUCAUCAUCAUAGUUAAUUUUUUUUAAUUGUUGUUGUAAUGAUUGUAAAAAAAAAAAAAAUCUCUGUAUAGUUACAACUUGUAAGCAUGUCCGUAUAUUAAAACUAAAAAGGAGAAAAAAAUGCUUCUGUACUAUCAUCUGGAUUAGCAGAGUUUGUGAGGUUUUUUGGAAGUCCAGUGAGAUAUAGGUGUUUCGGAUUUUUUUUUUUUUUUUUGUACAUACAGUAAAAAAUGUACAUAUGUGUGAACCAAAUUGUACAAGAAAGUAUAUAUUUUUGGCUAAUAAAUAAACUGUUGCCACUUUGACUACA